AUGAAGAACGUCUUUGCUGCCUCCGUCGCCCUUCUCGCGGCCUUUUCCUCCGCCAUGCCCACCUCCUCGCCCAUGGAGACCGAUGCCUCCAUCACCCUCUCGACUCUUGAGAGCCGCGCUGUCGUCUGCUCUGUCGCCGCUGUCGACAGACUCAUCUUCAAGACCACCAUUCCCGUCUUCCUCAAGGCCCGCAAGGCCAAGGACCCCAAGCGCUGCCGGUGGGACUCCGACGGCUGCACCAGCGCCCCCGACCGCCCAGCCAUGUUCAACUUCAAGCCCGCCUGCCAACGCCACGACUUUGGCUACCGCAACACCAAGGCGCAGAGGCGCUACACCAAGGCCAUGAAGAAGCGCAUCGACGACCAGUUCAAGAAGGACCUGUACAAGUACUGCUCCGGCUUCAAGGGCCUCUUGGCCUUCCAGGGCGUCAGGUGCCGCCGCUACGCCGACAUCUACUACGUCGCCGUCCGCAAGUUUGGCCGCCGCGACCUCGAGGCCGUUGAGGACGAGAGCAUCGUCAAGCGCGCCGAGACCGAGGAGGCUGAGGAAGAGUUUGAGUACUUUGACGCCAACGAUGUCGAUCCCGAUAUCGAGGGCCAGGUCAUCCCUGAGCUCACUGAUGAUGAGGAGGAGUGA